AUGGAUAGUAUUGGCACUCGGACGGUGUGGGAUUGCAACAGCGGCAAGGAGAAGACGCGAGUUACGUCGACGCUUCUGGCAGAUCCCAGAGCCAACCCAGAUAUUCCGGUGCUUCUCAUCUGGGACGUGUUUAGUGGUCACUGGACCUCUGAGUGCAUCAUUCACGUCCGAUGCCGAACAGGAAUGCCAGCGUCAAUCAUCAACUUCACGUAUCUGAAGGCACUCGGGCACGAUCUUGUCCACUGUCUGUCAAUGAUGACUCGCACGGGCUUGUGUAGUCGAUGCGGGCAGAUCAUGGAAUGGCAUAUCGCGCUCUCGCUCAAUGCGUAG